AUUUUUAUAUCUCACUCUCAGCAGACGCUUUUUUGUCGAUUUCCGCUUAAGAUCCGUGAUGGCCAGGACUAAGCAAACUGCCAGGAAAAGUACCGGGGGUAAGGCCCCUAGGAAGCAGCUCGCCACCAAGGCUGCCCGAAAGAGUGCCCCAGCUACCGGCGGAGUGAAGAAACCUCACCGUUACAGGCCCGGCACAGUCGCUCUCCGAGAAAUCCGUCGUUACCAGAAAUCUACUGAGCUUUUGAUCCGCAAAUUGCCCUUCCAGCGGCUCGUAAGAGAAAUCGCCCAGGAUUUCAAGACCGAUCUCCGCUUCCAAAGCUCAGCCGUAAUGGCUCUGCAGGAAGCUAGCGAAGCCUAUCUCGUCGGUUUGUUCGAAGACACCAACUUGUGCGCUAUUCACGCCAAGAGAGUCACCAUCAUGCCAAAGGAUAUUCAGCUCGCCCGCCGAAUUCGUGGCGAACGAGCUUAAUUCUUUUUCCUGGCAUUUGGACGGAAAAAAAAAAAAAAAAAA